AUGGGAGGCUUCGACACCUAUUGCGCCAUUUGCGGCGGGCGUCUUCGGAAGCCAUCAUGGACUGUUGAAGAAGACGACGAAGGAUCCGACUCUGGAGGCUACACCUACGAUCCUGCUGUGUUGGCUAACGAGGAGGACCCGGAGUUGGAUUGGUUGGAAAACGUCCGACUUAUUGGGGAGAACCCAGAAACCAGUGCAGAAUGCCCUGUCUGGGUUUCGGGACCGGCUCAGGAGGACGACAAUGGAUUUUUCCAUUACGAACUCGGAAGCAACCCCGAUCCUGCGCUACUAGAUAUAGACGAAUCUGGAAACUCAGUUGUGUAUUGGGGGGGCGACGACUGGCCUCACUCUGUGCCCUUCCACACCCACUGUCGUGAGCUUCUCAGUCACUUUUUGGGCGUCUCUGAAGUGGAUAAGACCCUUCUUCAUGCUGUUUUUGGGAAAUUAGCUCCGGAUGACGUGUCGUCUGGGUCAAACAGCCUCAAUCUUGACUACGGUGACAUAUCUGAGUACAUGGGGCAGUACUGGGAAGUCCAGAGGGGGGGAGAACAUUGUGUGUUUAACCCGAUUCAAGUCAAGGGGCUGAAACAACUAUACGACAGCCUCCCUCUCCAGAACCAAGAUAACACUGGCGAAGUCAAAGUAUACCAAACAAAAGGUGAUCCAUUCGCAAGAUUGCCUGCUGAUAUUCUCCUCCUCAUCAUGUCUCAAUUUUCGAACAUGGGCCCGGUCUUUGGUCUACGAAAGUCAUCCCCAGCCUUUGCCAACAUCCAGCUGGGCAAUGGGUUUUGGAAAAGGCGUCUUCACGACGACAUGCCGUGGCUCUGGGAUAUGCCGACAUUCACGGACUCGGAGAUAGCCACCAUCGAUUGGAAGCAAGCUUAUCACAAACUGGACCUUGCCAGCCUGCCUUCCUCAGAAACAAAGGACAAAGUUUUUGGGCUAUGCAACAGACGGAGGAUUUGGGAGCAGUUGUGCCCUAAAUUUCUCAAACCGUAUACUGAACUGCAGUCUAACCUGCUAGCUUGGGGUGCAAUGGAACCACCCGUCCUGAGAGAUGCUUAUGAACCUGAAGCUAGGGGUUGGGGAGGCCCCGGAAAUUAUCCUUGGAAGCCAACCACUGAAACGUUGUUCGACAUGUUCCACGAGCUUCCUGAUGCAAAGCCCACCAUUACGGCGGACUGGACAGAUGAAGGAUAUCUUGUCGACCUCCAUGCACGAAAGGAAAGUGAUCUCCAUGCGAUCAUAGCCAAAGAUAAAAGGGACAUGGUACCUAUUCCUGAUGAUGAUUGGCUUACAGGUUUCAUUAUCACCACUCGCGAGGUCGGUGUUGAAUGGGGGCACACCAAGCGUCGCAUUUUUGGCCUUGACAUUCUUUUCGCAAAGCAGCUCCCAGUGCGACUAGGUUCGUCCGAGGGUGAUAAACGUCUCUUCUACGUGAAGGAAGAUAACUUCAUCGUUGCGGUCAAAACGUCUCGUAGCGAAGAUGGCCUCUUGGUUCAACUCGGGCUUAUUGAGCAACCAUUGUCAUUUGCUGAAGACAGCUCGCGAAUCGUAGACACUCUCAGGGAUAAUUACAGCACUUCUACAAUGGAGUAUCCGUGGUGGAGAGAACUUCCUCCGACAUGUGUUCGGCUGUCUGAACCCAGGGUGGACGAGUUUAGGGUUUCUGGGUUCAAAGAUCAGGCUCCCAUGGACCUUUUAUUGCUGGGAACAUCGGACGAGGAGCUGGCCGAUAUCACAUCCAUCUCAGUUGAUAUUUGCCUUGGUGGGAUUGAGGUUACCUACGGUCACCAGGCAAGCCGCAAAGUGGGCACCCGGCAUCAAGCCAUGAAGAGCUUGAGUAUCGAUGGCAGAGGUGGGGAGAGGAUUGUGCUAGCCUGUGCCACUUUACAGGAUGAGCCCAACUCUCUGACUAUUCUCACAAAUCGAGGUCGCACAUUGGCCGUCGGGCGAUCGUCGGGCGACUCUGGCCGAUUGGAUGUCAUGGACAACGAAGCCCAGCUGGAAAUCUGUGGAUUUUAUGGUUGCUGGCAGUCCACAGGCAAUGAUCCGAGUGAUACAUCGCUUCGGAGCAUAGGCACCGUCGGUUCAGUGGACCUGGGUUACGUCGACACAGAUACUCUGCCGGCCGUCCCAAGGGAUUCCAACAACUACACCUGGGAGCCUUCCAUGUUGCCGUCAAACCUGAGGAAGUCAGGGCCGGUAUGGGGCUCGCGUGACGACGCCAGCGUCCGGCUGCCAAUGGCCAGUGUUGUCAGCAGGAUUGACUGCAGUCGGCCGUUGACGGAAGUACGGGUAACCUUGACUCACAACAGCGGUGAUCCCAUCCUAGCCCCCAUCACAGCUAUCACUUUCAAGUAUAGUGAUGGUGAUGAGGAAUCUGUUGGCCCCGAUAGAUUUCCCGAGGAUGCAACCUGCCUUGGGUGUAAGCUGGGAUCGAGUGUUCGAGAACAACUCGACCUGGUGCCACAUUACCAUCAGCAGACUUGGAAGGUCGAUGGAAAGAAGUUGACAAGCCUCAGAAUCUGGCGUCACAGUUGUAUGAGCAUUGCUGCCAUACAGUUUGUCGUCCAGGGACAAGUAGAGAGUCCAGUCUGGGGAUACUGGAAAGUCGACAUCAAUGCAUUGGAACUGUCUGAAGUGCGAUUUGCAGGCGAAGGGGGAGGCAGGGCGUCUGCGCUCAAGAUGUUUUUGGGGAAAAUUACACGGGGUGGUUACCGUGAUGAUGAUGUUAUUGUUGGAAUACAGGAGCUGGUGCCUUCUUACACUGUUGAGGUACGAUCUCGCGAAUAG